AUGUCAACGAGCAGAACAGAAACACAAGUCGAUAGAAGCGCUAGUGUUGCAAGCCCCGAUCAUGGUGACAUUCUCAUGAAACCACCCGAACCUAGGAGGAAACGUCGCCCUCGCUCUGGAAAUGGUAAACCUGCAGUUCACCCAUACCCUACGACCUCAGAGCCAGGUCAGCGCUCUCAGGCGACGCCACUAACGCGUAGCGCCCGACGAGCAGCUAGGUCCUGUCUCCAACUGUCACGAAGCUCUGAAACGGAACGCCAGCCACGAUCUCAACAAUUCCAACAAAACCGGCCAUCUCGUCGAUCAAGACUUGCCAGAAGAUCCAGUCCACCAGCUCUUGGGCAGAGCACUCAAUUUGGACAUGAUGAUCAACCUCGAGAGCUCGUCGUAGUUGCAACAUCAGACGUGGCCAUGGCAGGGACACCACCAUUGUACGCGUGGGCUAUUGAUGACAUUCUAGAGCAAGAUAAUGAAUUAUUGCCAUGGAUUGAGGAGCAACUUGACACACUCUCAGGCUUUCCUACAAGCGCGGACGCUGUUGAGCAUCUACUCCGGAUGCUGACAAUAGAGCAAAUAUAUGAGCGUAUGCUUACCAUGACCAAGUGGCGACAGUAUGCACAACAGAUGUUCGCCAUCCUAUACUGCGCCCAGAGACACCUGAAUGCGCUUGAACUGAUUGACGCAUUAUUCGUUCAAGUCGGUGUAUCCUGCGAUCUGAAUCCGAAGCAUGCAUCGUAUAAAGCCGAAGCCCAUUCUCAAAUGGCCAACAUAUGCUUCACUGCAAUGCUGCAGUCGCGACAUGAUGAAUAA